UGUUUUAAAAUAUUUUUUGUUUUUUUUUUAAUGAUAAAAAUGUAUACUUUUGGACAUAUCACAAAAAUGUUACUAUCAUGUUACUAUGGAGGUCGCAUACUGCGUGGGCGGGGUCGAGGGCGUACUCCUUGCAUUUUGAGUGACAGCUAGUGCGCGAACCAUCUUAGAAUGGUGACUGUGACAGCCAUCAAGAUAAAAUCAAGAUUUCAGUAGAUAGGUAAAGUUAAGUGAGUUGUCAUAUUGCACAAAGUCAACAAAUCUCCGUAGCUAGCUAGAUAAAUAAUAUUUGGCAUUCCUGAAUUGUUGCUUUAUAUUUCGUGUGAUAAUUAUGUUGAUGCUAAGAUUGCUUUUCAGCUAUGCCAGCUAACGUUAGCGAAUGUAGCUGUUAGCUAUCUUCCUUGUAAGCCAGGCGAAGGUAAUUCAUACACUCAGUAAUUAUACAUCCAAAUAUAAUAAUAUAAGAAGCUUACUUUGUGGUUAUCCUCCGUACUGCUCUGUACUGUGCUUGAUCAAAUUGUGGGGACUGCUCAACGUAUUUUUAAGUUGCAUUCUGUCGUGCAUUUUUGUAUUAUAGCUAUUUGCUAAAGUUGCUAUAUGGUGCUAGUCAACUACAGCCUUGGCCAAAGUGAUAAUACCAUGCCAUUCUCAGAAUAAUAUGUAUUUUCUUUUAUAUUGUACCGCACAGGAAAAGUGCACGUGCUUUACAUGUCAAAUAAAUAAAUAAAUAAAUAAAACAUACAUACAUUAAAAGACGUUUUGGAUAUUUUAACAGGCGCAGUUGCGAGCAAGCCUGUUGCCAACAAUAUCCGUUUAUUUAUCCAUUUACAAUAUCACUUGUUUUUUUACAUUUGUGUCCUUCUGGAUUGCGUGUAGUGAGUCAGUAUUUGCGCAUCCUUCAACACAAUAAUGCCGCUUGCAAGGUGCCAUGUUUGCCAGACUUGACAGUGGCAAAUGCAGCCUUGCCAAUCAUAAGCAAAUACACGCUGUGAUAGGCUGCAUGCAAAUGAGACCGCUUCCUGACGUCAAGAAGCGGAAAUUUAAAAAAUGUGGGAAAAAAGCACAGUAGGUGGCGCAGUGAUUUUUAAAACACCAAUUUCUAUAAUUCAAAACAAAAAAUAAUAAAUUUUAAAUGAUUUGAUAAUACAGUUUACACUGCCUAUUUUACCACCAAGGGUAGUACAAAAUAUAAGCAAAUUUUUCAGUCCGACUUUAACUCUGGUCUUAACUUUGUCCUGUGGGUUUCAAGUGCCGGAGCUCAGGACCCCAUGCUCUAGAUCAGGGUUUUUAGAGUCCUGGGGAUCCACUGUGUAUGUAGGUUUUUUAAGAAGUGACUAAAAUAUUAGUUUGAAAAAGUGGCUACAUUUGGGCGAAGCACAGUGUGUUAUAAUGACAAUUUUAAAAUAAAAUUCCUUUCGUGUAAAUUUAAUUUUGCCUAGGAUGGAUGAAAGUGUGUUUUCUUGGUCAAAGGUCUUGACCUUGUCAAGACCAGGUAAGUUUUGUUUUAGUCUAGAUCUCGUUCUUGGGGAGUAUGGUCUUGGUUUGGUUAUGGGUAUUGAGGGGCGUGGCCUUGGUCUGGGUCACGAGGGUUUAGGUCUUAACUCCAACUCUGGCCUUUGAGUUUCAAGAUCAGGACCCUCUGCACUAUAUCAGGUUUUUCCAGACUGCUGGGGAUCCACUGUGUAUGCAGGCUUUUCUCAUCCCUUUGAUUGCACGUCUGGGCGCCGAUGGUUUACUCUUGGAGUAUGAAGACACGUUUCCUUACGAGGGGGAUGUAAAGGUUCUACAAGCUACUGAUCAUCCCCCAUAUAGUCGUGAGGAAAUCAAAUCAAUCCAGGAUGUGGCCAAGUCCAAUGGCUUAGAGAUCAUUCCACUGGUACAAACUUUUGGACAUCUGGAGUUUGUUCUAAAGCACAGAGAAUUCUGGGAGCUGCGUGAACUGCCAUGCGUUCUGGGCACUCUGAAUCCCCACAGGGACCACAGUGUGAAGCUGGUGCUGCAGCUUGUGCGCCAGGUGCUGGAGCUACACCCUGACAUCAGGUUUCUGCACAUUGGGGCAGAUGAGGUGUACUUCUUGGGCCAAGGGGAGGAGUCAAAGCAUUGGCUGAGUAUGCCUGGACAUGACAUUCACCAGCUGUUCCUUGGUCAUGUGACAAAGGUGGUGAAGAGUAUACGAGAAACCUGGCCUCACCUCAAUCUCAUCAUGUGGGAUGACAUGUUGAGGAGCAUGUCCUGUAGCACUCUCAAAGACAGCGGUCUCGUAGACCUGGUGCAGCCAAUGUUGUGGGACUACAGCCCUUCUCUGGAUGUGGCAGGCACAGUCCAUCUGCUGGAGACCUAUAGAAGCGCAGGACUGUCCAAAGUGUGGGCAGCCAGUUCUUUUAAAGGCUCCACAGAUGUGAGUACCUGCGUGACCUCCACUCAGAGGCAUGUGGACAACCAUCUGCAGUGGCUCCAGGUGGCAGCUGCAUUGCCCAGUGGGAUAGAAAUGCAGGGCAUUGCCAUCACCGGCUGGCAAAGGUAUGACCAUCUGUCUGUCCUGUGUGAGCUCCUACCUGUAGCCAUACCUUCCUUGGCCUCCUGUCUGGAAACCCUGUGCCAAGGCAGCUUCAGUAAGGAGUCUCAGACAAAGGUAACCGAGACUCUUGGCAUCUCCACUGUGGAGGUGAAAGACAUGGUGAGCAAGCCCUGUGCAGCCAGCUGUUCGGCCUACCCUGGGCAGAGGUUGGCAAAACUGGUGGUGGAACUGAGUGAGCUGCUGCAGUCCGAGGAGCUUCGCUUCCUGGACACCAACAUGUUUGUGAAGGGGUGGUUUACCCCGUAUCACAGGCAGAGGAAGAUUGUCAACCCCCUUAUGGCACAGCAAAUCCAGCAUCAGGCAACAGCCUUGCUGACGGCAGUGGAGCUCAAGGUGGAGGCUGUGAGACAGGAGAUGGUGCAGUUUUUUCAUGAGUCCACAGCUCAGGAGUGGAUUGCGCAGCACGUCAGCGCGGUGUUGGAGCCCAUCCGCCGCUUGCUGGAAGACAUACAGGUAGCCAUCCAGGAAGUGCUGCCCCCCAGCUUUAAUUUUUAAGGCUGACAAGAUUCCACUGAGGAAAAGAAGGGAAGGUUUUUGCUUUUUUUGUGAAGGGGUUGGGGACUGGCACUGAUCCCCUCCAUGCUAACAGAGAACCCUGGACAUAUCUCUGACUGACUGGAAUGAUCUACAAGCAGAUGAGCAGUGCAGGUGUAUGUUAUGAGGUUGGGACACAAGCCCUUUGUCUUCCUGUCCACAUUUGGUGAGGUCAGAUCCAGCAACCUUUUAUCAUCGAUUAUGCAAUUAAAUUCUAGUGAGAGCUGUGGUCGUCUCAUCAGUUGCACGUUUUCUCCAAAAUUACGGUUUACAAAAUAAAUGGAUAUAAAUUUUAAAAAAUACCUAAGGAUAACAACUA